AUGGUUGGCUCACUGAGGUAUCUAUGCAACAACCGACCUGACAUCUGCUACUUAGUAAGUGUGAUUAGCAGAUUCAUGCAUGAUCCAAGGAAGAUUCACUUGAUAGCUGCUAAAAGGAUACUUAGGUAUAUAAAAGGCACAAAGGAGUUUGGUCUGCAGUUCCCGAAUGGAAGCAAAGGUGAAAGAAGUGAACUCAUUGGAUACUUAGAUAGUGAUUGGUGUGGAGACAUCACAGAUAGAAGGAAUACAUCUGACUAUGUCUUUAAGUUCAAUGAAGCAGCCAUAUCAUGA